UCAAAACCACAACAUAACUAAAAGUGAAAUGAAAUUGUGAAAAUGAAUUACGAACAGCAUAACGAAGUGUCGACCUCGUACAACAACAACAACUUGAAACACAACUUCAACGAGUGCAAAAAUGACUUCUUCUACUCAGUGUGCGACAAACGGGAGGAUAAAUACUUCGCGAGGCCAAAAACUGAGGAGACACAUAUGAACUCCUGCCUGAGCACACCGUUCUCCGUCAAAGAUAUACUUAACAUAAACCAGACGUCGUAUUAUGAACAGGAUGACGUUUGGAAACGGGACAGGGAGCAGAGAAGCCAAGACUACGAACGGUUGUACCAUCAAAGCAGCUAUUGUACUGAAUAUUUCAACCAAGUGUAUCCGGCGCAUGCUAACGUGGACUAUUGGAGUCCUGAAUACCACGAGAAUAAAGACGACUAUUACAAUUAUAAUUACUGUCAGAAUGUGUAUACAAAUCAGGAACAGUAUCAAAUGCAUGCACAAAUGCCGCCUAAAUUAGAUAAUAUUGAUGUAAUGCCGCCUGGUAAUUCUGCAGCUAUAGUCAAUAAGGAGAUUUCGAUGCCUGGAGUCGGUCUACCGCCGUCGUAUUUACAUAAUGUGGAACCAAAGUUUUCAGCCACGUCUAGGAAAACGAAGACGCCAUGCCCAGCGAAAGAAAAAACGAGAGACAAAUCAACGAAGCGAAAACCGCGUAUUCUGUUCUCGCAAACGCAAGUACACGACUUGGAAGUGAGAUUCAAAGCCCAGAGAUACCUGACAGCGCCUGAACGGGAGCAGCUAGCGAAGAAACUCAACCUCACUCCAACACAAGUAAAGAUUUGGUUCCAAAACCGACGCUACAAGAGCAAAAGAAUCAAAUCGCCAGAAGUAACAACGUCAACUGACGCCAAACCCAGCAAAAGUUUCGGUAGAAAACUAUUCAAACCAGAAAAUAGGGACAAAGUCAUCGGUAUACAAAACUAUGACGGUUUUAAAAACAACGAAAUGUCGAACGAAAUAAAUCCAGGCGCAUACUUCGAUGAUAGUGCUAACUAUGAAGAGGGCGAUGGUAAAUAUUACGGCAAUCGUUUACAAAUAGACGAGACGGUUGGGAGUACGUCCGGUUUCUAUGUGCCCGAUGUUAUCCCUAAAGAAGAUAUAUACAAAGAAACUGAAAUGAAAAAGUAUUUUCCGAUCAACUACGUUUGUUAAUCACAGGUUUUAAGACUGACUGAUAGCCAAAGAGUAUUAUUUUGUUAAAUUUUUUGUUACACAUGUGAAAGUGCAAUUAAUAUUUUGUAAUAGGUUAAGAAAU